AUGCCCUCUCAAGGCUCCAACCAGUCUUCAGGCUCCAACCCGUCUCAAGGCUCCACCCCGUCCGAAGGCUCCACCCCGAAACCGAUAAUCGGCGUCGACAAGGCCUCCAAAGACGCCGGUCAUCGCAACUUCCACACCUUCCUUCUCUCGUACAACUUGCGCAUCUACAACGACGAGGAUGUUCAGGAGGGCAGGGCUAUCUUGAAGGCCAUGGGGUAUAACGUGAGAUAG